CGCUCGCUCUCCCCACCGCCAGCACCGAAGCGGAUGAAAACAAACACUGACGAUGGCGGCGCCGGGGAGCGAGUGGUUGCUGGCUUAGGGCGGGAGAGAUCGCUUGACGCGUGAAGAAGCAGCUCUGAGGAAAACAAGUCGACAUCGGUCUGACAGUUUUCUCAGUUCUUGGAGCCAGGAGCCUCGUCAAGCGUGAGGUAUCUCUCUGCGAGCUGAGCUGUCAAUACCGCCCCGGAGCAAGGAACCCUCAGCCGGGAGGCGCGGUUGGCCGGCUCCAGGCCCUGGCCUCCGGAAUGAGAGCCCGGAGCCACUCUCUGUGCCGUAGCUUCCCAGGUGAGGGUGACUGUUGACUAGUGAAAAGGGGAGCCAAAGUUCACGACAGUCUUCUUACCGGCAGUGGAUCGACCUGUGGAAACCUGCGGCCCGUCCUCAUUGAGUAAAUCUCUGGGUUCCGAUAGGCAAUGGAAACUGAUCUCAGUUCCCAGGACAGAAAGGACCUGGACAAGUUUAUUAAAUUUUUUGCACUCAAGACUGUCCAAGUAAUUGUCCAGGCUCGACUUGGUGAAAAGAUUUGCACUCGUUCAUCUUCUUCCCCAACGGGUUCAGAUUGGUUCAAUUUAGCAAUCAAAGACAUCCCAGAAGUCACACAUGAAGCAAAGAAGGCCCUCUCGGGGCAGCUGCCUGCAGUGGGGCGCUCUAUGUGUGUGGAGAUAUCACUCAAGACUUCUGAGGGAGAUUCCAUGGAGUUGGAGAUUUGGUGUCUUGAAAUGAAUGAAAAGUGUGAUAAAGAAAUAAAAGUUUCCUACACUGUAUACAACAGACUGUCACUGCUGCUUAAGUCUCUUCUCGCUAUCACGAGGGUGACACCAGCCUAUAGACUCUCCAGAAAACAAGGGCAUGAAUAUGUAAUAUUGUACAGGAUUUAUUUUGGUGAAGUUCAACUGAAUGGUUUAGGAGAAGGCUUCCAGACAGUUCGAGUUGGAACAGUGGGCACCCCUGUUGGCACAAUCACUCUUUCCUGUGCUUAUAGAAUUAAUUUGGCAUUCAUGUCUACCAGGCAGUUUGAGAGGACCCCACCUAUCAUGGGGAUUAUCAUUGAUCACUUUGUUGACCGUCCCUAUCCCAGCUCCUCUCCCAUGCACCCCUGCAAUUACAGAACUGGCGAGGAUGCUGGAGUCACAUACCCGUCAGUGGAGGACUCUCAGGAAGUGUGUACCACCUCUUUUUCCACCUCCCCUCCCUCCCAGUGUGUGUUUACUGUCACAAAGGCACAUUUUCAGACCCCUACUCCUGUGGUGACGGACACUCUGAGGGUCCCUAUGGCAGGACUGGCCUUUUCCCAUCAACUCUCAAGCUCUCGCCUUUCCUAUCAGCCUGCUGUCCUGGGCCUUGGAUCGGCUGACCUGGCUUAUCCAGUAGUGUUUACUGCUGGCUUAAACACUACACACACUCACCAGCUGAUGGUUCCUGGGAAGGAAGGUGGAGUACCUCUUGUUCCCAACCAGCCUGCUCAAGGCACCCAGGCGGAUCAGGAGAGAGUGGUGACUCACACACCUUCUGAUGGGAUCCACUGCGCUGCCACACCCUCUAGCAGUGAGGACACUGAGACUGUAUCUAACAGCAGUGAGGGACGGGCCUCACCCCAUGACGUCUUGGAGACUAUCUUUGUCCGAAAAGUGGGAGCAUUUGUCAACAAACCCAUCAACCAGGUGACCCUGACAAGUUUGGACAUACCCUUUGCCAUGUUUGCUCCCAAGAAUUUGGAGCUGGAGGAUGCUGAUCCUAUGGUGAAUCCCCCGGACUCCCCAGAGACCACGUCUCCCCUCCACGGCAGCCUGCACUCAAAUGGCUCCAGCGGUGGCAGCAGUGGCAAUACACAUGACGACUUUGUUAUGAUUGACUUUAAACCCGCUUUUUCUAAAGAUGAUAUUCUUCCGAUGGACUUGGGGACCUUCUACCGUGAGUUUCAGAAUCCACCUCAGCUGAGCAGCCUCUCCAUAGACAUUGGAGCCCAGUCUAUGGCGGAAGACUUGGACUCCUUACCAGAGAAGCUGGCUGUGCAUGAGAAGAAUGUCCGAGAAUUUGAUGCCUUUGUCGAAACCCUGCAGUAAAAGUGUCCUGAGUAUCCAUCUGCAGCAUCCCCUUCCUGUGGACCCAGCAGAGAAUUCCUCCUCCUCAGCAGCUCCCUGCUGCCUUCCUGUGUUUUUGGCCAGGUGAAAGGCAGGGUGGUUCCCUGUGGGACCUACAAGUCCCUGCUUUUGGACCUCCUGGUAGCAGUCAGGCCCAGUGCCAGACGUUGGGCAGACUCUGGCGUAACAGAGGAGCUUCAGCAGGGACCAUCCUCAGCUGCUUCACAAAGGGUGUCAUCCUGUUCUGUCGGCUCCAGCCUCCUGCCUGAUCUGCUCUGCAGCUGACCCCUGCCUGCUUGUCCCUACCAUCAACCACCUGACAUUCCAGCUGGUGGCCGGGACACUGGGCAAGGCAGAAAGAGCAAGGAAACCAAGCAGGGCAAAGGAGGGCUGUGUCACCAAUAGUUCCUGGACCACCCUUUUCUCCCCUCCUCCUCCCCCUCCUAUCCCUCCGUCUUUCCUCAUGAAAGUCACAGAAAGGUUCUUUCCUCCCCAUCCUCUCAAUUGCUGCUGCUUGGAUAUAGGACGUGGUAAAUAUUUAUUACUUUCAGAGAAAUCAGAUAUUUUGGGAGUUAGCAGUGUCACUGGGGAAGGAGGAGGUCCUCCUGUGAAGAUUCCUCAGAACUUGUGCUGCUGCUCUGGGGAUCUACUCUUGCAUCUAAGGAGAGAUCAGGAAUGGGGCUAGCAAGGGCAGAGUACCCCCUCAAGCUGUGCCUGUGGAACUGUACUGACAUCAGGGUUCCUUUACACACUGAGUGCAUCUUCUCUUGUCACAAGCAUCUUGACUGGCUCUAUUCUAGCUGCCCAGGAAAUCUCAGCUAUGUUCAAUGUGAUGACUCCUCAAGACACAUGGUGCCCAAGGGAGCAUUGUCUGUCCUGUUCGAGUCCCUGAGACCAGAGCAGGACUGAGGAGCUAUUCCCCACCCCUACCCCCAAUUCCAGAGUCUGUAUAUGGCCCUGGGUUUACAAUCUGGAUUGGUUCCCUUUUAAGAAACCAAAGCUGAGCUUGUGGUUGACUUAAACCUUCAGGUAUUGUUGCUUGAGUAAUAAGUCAAGUGCCUCUGCCAGCCUGCCCUGUUCUUCUGGUCCCUGAUUUUCACUGGCAACAGCUAUUGUUCAUUGGAGCAGGUGGCUCACAACUGCGUGCUAGUAAUCUGCAUGUUACACUGGAGCCUUUCCCCUGUGUAUGCGUCUGCUGCCACAGAGAAAUGUGCUCAGCAAUGGUAGCCACAUGACACUGCAGCCUUUGGAUCAGGCAGAUUUGCUCCCAGAGCCAGCACUGAGUGGAGUGAGAACAUGGCUUUUUGGCAUGGCUCAGCUAGUGGCCUCUGUAGGCAUCAGCCUUUGUGUCCCAGACCUGUCAGAGAAGAGACCAGGGAAGCUGAGCAGAGCAUCCUUCAGGGUGACCUGUACUCUUCAGCUCUGCAUAAUGGAAAAGGUAGUCUCUAGACCAACUCCUGCAGCCAGACUUGGGCUGGGACCAGGUAGCUAUGAGGCCCCUUCCGUGCUUUGUUGGGAAAUGAGAGGUUGGAAAUAUAAUCAAGAGAUUUCCAAUAAAAGUUUUCUGUACUUUA